GAAGACUUAGUCUGUCAUUUCAGAUGCUCUUCUUCACAAGUGUAUUAUACAUAGUGUGAGAAUAGUUUUUCCAUAACAACUUUAAGAUCCUGUCCUCCUUACCAGUGACACUGGAGCACUGAAUGGUUUCUAACACUUGGAAAGAUUGUCAAGUGUUGUGAUUACCAAUGGAUUAUUCUGUUGGUAAAGUAAAGUAAAGAUGGCUACCUAUUGAACAUCAGUCUCAGACAUGAGCACAACCACCAACUGUCAUGUGCUGACACUGUGUGAGAGCAAGAUGUCUCAGGCGAGACUAUUAUCAAAUUGAAGAUGCUCUUAGAGAGAGGCCACUCCCCUUCCUCUGCACUGGACAUGAUUAAAUAUGACCUGAAGGUGCAGGAGGGGGAAAAUGACAUUCAUGCUGCUGGAGACCGCUCACUUAUUCCUGACCUUCAGUUUUGUUCCAGGUUAGAAACUUACUGAAAUACAGUAAUUUUAAAAUCAGAUAUGCAUAGAUAGAGUCCUAUUCCCUUUCUAAGUCUGAAUUCAAGGAUAAAUGCAGUCAAAGUGAAUGCUCUCCCUCAACUACCAUACAUUUUAGGGACUCUACCGGUGGAGGUAAAUUAAUCAGGGCAUGGGACAAAUGUUUUUCUCUGUUUGGUGAGGAAAGUAACCAAGGAUCCAAUUUAAUGUCUUACAAUUAGCAAAAGAAAGAGGAGGAAAAGCAUUAGAUUGUAAUAGAAAUUAUUUCUAUAUUUAACAGCUAACACCACCAUUAUAUGUGUCCUAUUUGGAGGCUAGGGCCAAAUGGAAAGAAUAACUAUUUGGAAUGACUACUAAUUUUCCUCUACAGGCCACAGUUGCUGACAGAAGGUUGCAGCCCAAUUGGAUGAGAUUAACUAUUCAGGUGGUGUGUGCCCAACCUAGCUGAGGUUACUGAGAUUUACAAACUCCCACAACACCCACUAAAACACAUACGUUUAUUGACCACCUUUCGUUUUGCAUCAACUCUGCACAUUGUGUGGCAGAAUGCAACUUAUGAAUGGUAAAUGGACCUGCAUGUGUAAUCUUCUUAUCUUUCAACCACUUUAAGUGCUUUGACACUACCAGACAUUCACACACUGGUGACCGAGGCUACCAAAGAAGGUGCCAUCUGCUUACACCCAAUGGAACAGCCAUCGUGAGCUAUUUGGGGGUCAGUAUUUUCUCCAAGCACACUUUGACAUGUGGACUGGUGGAGUUGGGAAUCCAACCACUCAUCUUCCACUUAGUGAAAGACCCACUUUAUGUCCUGAGCCACAGCCGACCCUGAAUAACUGCCAAUAACUGUAUUGCAGUUCUUUGAUCAAGCGUAGCUUUCCACUACUGCUAUGGUUAGGCUUGCAUGCUCUAGUAAGCUACUUGACUCAGUGACCAGUGGCUAUGGUUGGGUACCACAGAGGAAAAUUUUGUGCUUACUGCAAAGACAGUCUGCAAGCAUUUGGUGACACAUUGCUGAAGUAGAUUGUGCGCUGGUAGCAGGUUAAAAAUGAAUUUACCAAGAAGUGGUGCCUCACAGAUAAAGGGAUGAGGAGAGAUUGACAGUACAGUAAGCUGCAGUGUUUGCUGCAGGAGCUGAACAAUCAGGCAGAGGUGUAGGAGGUAUUUUGAUCCUUUACUGUGGUAAGAGUACUAAUAAUGCCACUGUAUAAAUAGUCCACAACAGUGAAAGCCCUGCAUUCAAAACCUUAAGUAGUGAUUGUACAGUAAAAUGUUCCCUGCUGUCAGUGUUUUUUUAUUCUAACUGGUGUUUUUGGAUUAAUCUCUUAGCUGCAUUUACACAUCUGUUACAGUUAACUGCUGUACGUGUUUAAGGUUGUGCUUAUUGAACUCCUUAUAAAAGGUUGGAUAGAUUAAUCUACAGCACAAUCAUCAUAUUCUAUAAAAUCAUCAUAUGUUUGUAGUGUGGCUGACCUGUGAAAAGCAUAUGCCAAUAAAAAGUCAGAAAGAAACAGUUCUGUUUGCAGCUGAUCCAAGAGGGUUUUUAGAGUUUAUUAAGAUUAAGAACAAGUGAAAUUUUCUCAACAAAAAGGAUCACAAUGAUUAUUAUGGUAUUCAAGACUCAGAUACCUGUAAACUCUUUACCAAGGCCACCUUUUUUGUGAAACAGAAGGGGCACAGCUGCCGCAGACCCCUUUGGCAGCAACUAAAACAUUCACUACAAAAUGGCUAAAUCCAUUACCAGCUACUUUGGAAGAUUUUUAUGUGAUCAUUUAUGAAAUAUUUAAAAUGUAAAAGAAGAUUUACUUUUUACAGAUCCAAAAAGACAAGUUCAGUCAAAUUUGGAAUAAGUGGACUGAACUUAUAACCCCAGUGUGCGCAGACUUUGUAUGACUCCAAUAAUGUUUGAUGCUCCUUUCCUCUUCCUGAUUGGAGUAGUUACAUUUUAAAUUAAGUGUGGGAUAGUCAUGUGUAUGAAAGCUAAACACAAAAAUUGCUGACUGGUUGAAGUACAAGUACACAUUGCUAUGUAGGUUGUAUACUUGUCGGUAUGUGUGUGAAUAUAGAUGUAUAUUUACCUGUAUACAUGGAUAUAUAUAUACUCCUGGAAGUGAAGGUACUGCCCACAACUAUUGGCUUUUAAAUACCUCUUUCUAUGCAUAUGCACAUAUACAUGUAUAGAAAAAACAGGAAAAGGGUUUCAUGUAUAAAUAUCAGAUUUUGGUAUCAGUUUUUUGUAUACCCUGAGAUUACCUUCUCCCAACAAAAAAAUGAAGUGGAGAAUUGCAGUGUUUGAAAAUCGUAAUAUAAACAUUUAUCUAUAUCACAUUUACUAAAUGCAGCUGGCUAUUAAAUGAAAGUUAUCAUUAUUAUUAGUAGCUCUACAGCUAGACUGUAUACAGUACUGUAAAAUACCUAAAGUAUCUGUCAUCCUGCCUUACGUGUUUCUUUCUUUCUUCCUUUUUUCAGGCUUUACUACAAGCUUUUCCACACAAAUUAUAGCUCACCGUCUGUGAGAAGAUGCUGAUAGAUCUCGAGGACAGACUAGACCAGUACAACAUGGUGCGAGGGGAUACGUGUGCAAAAAUGGGUAAAACUGAUGACGGUCAUGUGGUCAUUUCCAUAUGUACCCCAGUCAUGGGAGUGAGUAAAGACAUCAUCUUGGUAGAUUCACCAGCAAACUGUGGCCGCCAGAAUUACCCCAAACUUGUCCUUCUCACCCACUCCACUCCUGGAGGAUUGCCACUGGGGGUGCUCAUAAUGACGUCCGAGGCCCAGUCCACCAUUAGUUGUGGACUUGCACUCCUGCAGACCCUUUUCCCCAGUGGUAGUUUUUUUUGAUGGGAACAGCCUCAAGUCAUCGAGACGAAAGAUUGCAGAUCUUUACGGCAGGCCCUCCAUGCAGUUUUCCCUAAAGCCAGGCUGCUCCUGUGCAUGUGCCACCAAUUACAGACUAUGCGAAGAUGGGUGUGGAGUGCACACAAUAAUGUGGCUAAGCAAUAUACUAUAAUUAUCUUUCUACAUGCUAUUACUGUCUCCAACCUUACUGAAUGUCCCAGACUAAUGUUCUGUUAUAAUGAUUACAGGUGUAUUGGAGACAUGAGGAGCGGGCCAACUGUCUUCACAAUGAUCUUUCAACAACAGGGCACAAUGCCUACAAGUUUGUGGAGAGUGCUCUGAAAGUGGUGAAGGAGAAGGUCCUCCACAGGUUGAAGGAAAACAAUGCUACUAAGUUGGUAGAUUUUAUUACCACCAGGAUGGAGACCUAAAAACAACAGUAUGGCUCUUGUUGCCAGAUUACAGUGUGGCCUUCAUGGAAAUUAUGUGGAAUGUGACAAGAUUGCACAGGUAGACCAGAACCAGUGUGUGGUUUCAAGCGCAACAUCUGAAUUACAGCACAAUGUCAAUAUAGCGACUGGAUGCUGCACGUGUGCAGAGUCACUGGUACACUAUGCAAACAUCAGAGUGCAGUUUUGAAGCAGUCUGGUCAGCAUGAGAGCUUUCCACACAUCAGCACACCUCAGAUGAGAAGACUCUACAGUGAGACUGGAACUGGUGAUGAAGGUGUUUUGCCAGAGGCAGGUGUCUGCACCAAUGUCAAUGCCAGUCCUGGACAAGGCCCAUCUGGAGAGCACCUUGGGGAGAUGAUUCAGCAGCUCUGCAAAAGUCUCACAAAUAAACUCAAACAACGCCCCCAAACCUUUGCAGGACCCAUUUGCACCUUUCUGGAAACCUACAGCAAAAUGAAUGAUAGCUCCCUCACAUCAGCUUUGUAUUGCUUGGCUCAUGAUGAAAUCUGUCCAAAGUACCCGAUGAUUUGUGAAGGUUGUGCAAAGAAAAAGAUCCCUAGGGAGAAGUAUGUGGACCAUAUUAAGUUCUGCAGUAAAUUUAAAGCACCAUGCAGAUUUCAUGUUGUUGGCUGCGAUACGUCUGUGGAGAAAGAGAGGAUCCACGACCACGAGCGGCAGUGUUCGUAUGAACACCUCAACUUGCUCCUACAUUUUAUCAUGGGUAUCAAGGUGAGCCUGGAGAGCCUGCAGCCUCAGAACCUGGAAGUGGCCAGCCAUAAGCUGCAAGAACUUCACCAGUCCCUCAGGGACCUGGAGAUGAAGAUGAGUCAGCUGGGUGGGGGCGGUUCAGUUUCCGUACAGGGUGCAUGUGCCCCGACCCUGGCCACCUCUUUCACGCCACUGCCCAGUGCCAUGGGUGCUGCCUUGGAGCUGCAGCUCCAGAGUGAAAAGUCAAAGGUGGCUGAGCUGAGCCGACGCUGCCAGGAGCUGGAGCUCAAAGUGAACACAUUUGAGAACAUUGUGUGCGUCCUCAACAGAGAGAUGGAGCGCUCCUGCACCACCAUGGAGGCAUACAACCGCCAACAUCGACUGGACCAAGACAAGAUUGAGAUCCUUAACAACAAGGUUCGUCAGCUUGAGAGGACGGUGAGUCUGAGGGACCUGUCUAUUGUGGAGAUGGAGGGGAAAAUGAGGGAAAUGUCUGCAGCAACAUAUGAUGGCAUCUUUGUGUGGAAGAUCUCAGAUUUCACCAAGAAGAGGCAGGAUGCGGUAGCUGGCAGAGCCCCUGCCAUGUUCUCUCCUGCCUUUUAUACCAGUAAAUAUGGCUACAAGAUGUGCCUGAGGAUCUACCUGAAUGGUGAUGGAACGGGCCGCGGCACCCACUUGUCUCUGUUCUUUGUGGUGAUGAGAGGACACAGCGACGCACUCCUGAAGUGGCCUUUUAACCAGAAGGUCACCCUAAUGCUGCUCGACCAGAACAACAGGGAGCACAUCAUCGAUGCCUUCCGGCCCGACAUCUCCUCCUCGUCCUUCCAGAGGCCUGUCAGCGAUAUGAACAUCGCCAGUGGUUGCCCACUCUUCUGCCCGCUCUCCAAGCUGGAAUCUAAGAACUCCUACAUACGAGAUGACACCAUCUUCCUCAAGGCCAUUGUAGACCUCACUGGGCUCUAGGUAAAGGAUUAGGGCAUAAAUCCAAACCUGCCUUUUGUUGCUACUAACCUGUUUGAAACAACACAGGAUAUAUGCCAGUAUUUGGCUGGUGACAGGUGUUAAUUUCUCACUUUGCAAAUAGUACUUGAACUGCAUUCCAAGACUUAUGUAGAACAUGUUUGUGAGAGUAGACAACUGAGAUGACAUUAUUUCUAAUAUCCCGUGAUGGUCCCAUGGCUACUUGUUCCAUUGAUGAGGAUUCUCUUGGACAGUUUUAUGCAGAAAAAUCACAGAAUUUUACACUAAUUUUGUGUCCAUUCACAUUCAAACCUUGUCUUCUGCAGCAGUAAGUUCCUCUUGUGAUAAAAGCAGUUCUUGCUGCUAGCUGCUAUCUUAUGUUCCAAAAUAAUUUAGCCUUAACUAGUAGCUAGCCUAACUACUUCAACUUCCUUAAAAGAAUUAAAGCUAUGUUAAUUAACAAGCUACAAAUUACAUGUUUGAUUUUAUGGACUUAAGAAGUUGAUUUGGCUAACGUGUUAGUAAACAUCCAGCAGGUCAGGCAUCAGGAGUCAUGUGUCUGGCAACUUGGUGAAUGUUAAGUCAAUGUUAAACCUUCAAGCUGCUGCUAACAACAAGCCUGAAGAAAGCCGUCAACCAAACCAGUAAAAUAGAAACAGUCAAAAGAUGCUCAAAAGGUGUGUGGAUCUGAGGGGAUUUGCAGAGUUGGGUUAUAAUCUGUCUGGAUAUGUUACUGUGAGUGGCCCCUUUCAUACCACACUGUCAUUUGGCCCACUGUUAAUAUGAAAAUAUUGAUAGUACAGCUGUUAAACUACAAAGUGCUUGUGAUGCAAACUGUAUUUUUGUUAUCUGAUUUUGUUUUUGUAUUGUAUUUUUGUAUUGUUAAGGUCUGAAAUUUCAAACACCAAUAAAUUUACAGAUUUUGUUUUUAAAUGAAAAACUGAAAAAUAAUGGGCCUUAGAUCAGUGACACAGCUGCUAUGUAGAUGAAAUGGCCUACGAACACAGCCACAGAUCAAGCAGGUCUAGGCACUUGUGUCCACUGUUUGCAUUAAAUGCUUGACAUUUGGUCAUUUAUAAUUUGUUUUAAUCUUGUCUGUUGCAUUCACAAUGUACAGUUCCAAUAACAGUGUGAAGCCCGUGUAGCCUUCAGAGUGUUACUUCACUUUGCACACAGUUUGUAGUGCAGUCUGACUUGUUUACGGUUUCUUAACAGCCUCCAUCUCACAAGUCAUGUGUUCAAUGAUAAUCAUACGUGGUGGUGGACAUUGGCUGUAUUCCAUAAAUUGUGUGUAUGUGUAUGUGCGUGCAUAAAUGUGUGCACUGUUCCAUUCCUUUGCUGUUAGUUGCAUGUUGGAUCUGUGGAAGAUGCACCUUAGCUUGCAACACUUUCUUGGCUGUUUGUCCAGUACAGCAAUGGUGGUCAGGCUGAUUUUCCCCAAAUGGAGUUGUGACAUAUUUUACUGAAAAAUAAAACUUAUAUUUGCAUACAUAGUCUGAUUGAGCCAGUAAAUAUCUUUUUAUAUUAAACUUUUUGUUUGCAUAUGCACAUUUU